GGUACGUUGAUGAUGAAGCGCUGUCAACACAGCCAGGCAAGUGUCAAGAGGAACAGGUGUGGAGGCCCAGAGCUGCAGCACUGUAGGGGCGUGAUACCAGCCGCCCUUGACGUGUGAGAUGCAUAGUAACCUUACACCACUCACGAGGAGCUGUCACAGGGAGGCAAAAUGAGGAGCUGUGUGAGAAACACAGCAGGGUGGCACAGUUGGCCAGACACAGCGAGGAUGGGGGGAGAGGAGCAGGUUUACCUGAGUGUGGUGCGGCAGGAUAUCGUGAAGUAUGACAUGAUGGUGAAGAGCCUCGUCCAGGAGAUCCGUGAGCUUGAUGGAUCCCAGGCUGAGUUGGAUGACAUUGGUUCAUUGGUUCGCUCACGCAUCGCUCAACUACGGGAACAGAUUGAGGAACUGAAAAGGCUGGCUCAGGAGGAGGACAACGAGGAUGAGAGGCAGCAGCUGGCCGAGGAGGCAACGAGGAGUGAGAAGAUGCUGCAGGACGACCACCAGGCCUUCCGCAAUGCAUUGUUGGUGGCUCAGCUCACCAUCAACCAGAGGAGUAAAGAUGAGCUGCUGGCAAGGAGGCCUGUGGAGGGUGAGGGCGAGGGUGAGAGCAGCGUGCGGCAGAGGGAGCGCAGGACACGGGAGCUGCUGUUGAGGGACUCGUCGAGACUGAGUGAUGACCUGCUCACUGUGACCAGACUCAUCCAGGACAAUGUACAGAAGAGCAGACAGACUGUGGAUACACUAGUGGAGGGAUCACAGAACCUGACUAGCACCCAUGAGGAACUGAAGACAAUGGGCUCUGUCAUCAGUCAGGCACGGAAAAUCCUGAACAAGUAUGGGCGUCGGGAGAACACAGACAAGCUGCUCAUCUUUCUGGGCCUGGUUUUCUUCCUUGCGUCGUGUCUGGUGGUGGUGCGGAACAGGUUCAUUUUCUGAGGUGUGGGAGCAGCAGCAGCUUCAGUGAAGUAUGAAAACACAGGAAUAGUUUUAUACAGGUACUCUUUCAGUUAUUAUUUGUUUGGAAAAUAAAAUGGAAUGGAAUUAGUAUAAAAGGCUGGGAUUGACCUUAUAUUUAUAAAAGUAAAUGCUGAAUUAAUUUACAAUCUUGAGUUAGUUAUAAUUUAGUCUAGAUUGAAUCUAAGACAUAUAGCUUAGUACAAUCUAUUUGUUCAUAAAUAUAAAUGUGCAUAUAUACAAUAUCAUGCAACCAAAAUAAAAAAUUUACUAUUGCCA